CCAACUGAGAACGUGCCUGGUAUGUUAACGUUGUAGGAGCCAUUUAAGGCAUCUUUAUUUUUGUGUUGGCAUUACUUUCUUUUGUCACUAGGUGGCGGGCAUUUUGGUUGAGCAGGGCAGGGGGGAAGGCAUAUGUAGGAGCACAGGUGAGCCAAACAAGUAAGGACUCAGGUGUGGGAGCACAAACCGUUCUUACCAGCAGCAGACAACAGCAAACCACAGCAGACAACAGCAACAGGCAGGAGAACAUCUGACACAAUAUCACUGCAAUAAUCCCUGGAUCACUCCCUCAAACCUGUUGAGUAAUGACAAUAAAUUGGAACAUUUGAAGGUGAUGAUUGCCAUUACAUUCAAGUAAGAACGGUGCUCUUCGAGUGAAAAGGACAACAAGAAGAACACACAGAAGGACAUCAAAAAGCCGCAAGAGGACAAACUGUGCCACGGCCACGCUGCUGCUCAUCAGCCAGGGUGAUUGGAAACACCUGCCAGCUCUAUAGGGUGAGUUGUGUGGAGCUGAAAGCAGCACAAGGGACUUGGCCAAUUAUGUCUGGUGGCAAAGAUGAUGUACAGCCACAAGGUGGCGAAAAUGUGGAUCCUGAAAAGGAAAAUGUACAAUAUUUUGGAAAGGGAAAAAGAGCCAUAACGUAUACUGCCAAAGGCUUGGAAAUGAAAGUUGACAAUUAUCAUAAAGCAAUAGGAGCAUGUGUUAAAAAAGCUGCUAAAAUAAUGGACACAAUGAAGCAACUCAUGCAUUCAAAUGAAAAUGAUGAAAAUGCAAAUGCCGUAAGAGGUCACUUGGAGGAAUUGAUUCAUUUGUGUGGAGAGGCAAGGGAAAAUCAUUCCUCAUUGAUUGCCUUACCAUUGCCUGAAGAGGAACUUGAUAGAAAAAAUGACUGGUUUCAAGAAAAGAUUAAGAUACUAGAAGGUUUCAUAAAACUUGUGCAUGAAUGGUUAUCAGAAGUGAAAAAGCUAACCACACAUGACACUGCCCCUGUGGAAGAGGAGUCACAAUUGCAUGUCUCUGAAACACAUGGCUCAGUUGAAACGCAAGUCCAAGAUGAAAUGCAUGUCCCACUUGCCCAUGAUGAACAUUUAUGUAUUACACUUUCUGAUAUUGGAGCCCAGGACAGUGCAUCAAAUGUCUCAGUCACACGCAGUUCCAUAACAUCAACAACCUCUUCUACCUCAUCUGCUCGCAUUCGAGCCCAGGCCGAAAAGGCUGCUCUAAUGGCAGAAGCUGCUGCAUUGGAGAAAAAACAUCAGAUUGAAUUACAACAAAGAAUUCAACAGGAACAAUUCGCAAAACAACAGGAACAAUUCGCAAAACAACAGGAACAAUUCACAAAACAACAGGAACAACUCAGAAUGGAAAAGGAAAAGUUGGAAAUGGAAACCAAGCUGGCAGCAGCAAAUGCAAGGGAACAUGUUUUUGCAACCAUGGGAUCUAUGGAAGGAUCAAGACUGUCAAGAAUGAGCUCUGAAUCACACAAGGUAGCUGCUGCUCCAAAGAAAACAAUGCCCCUCUCUGACACACAGGUUGGGAAGCCAAAACAAUUCAUAUAUGAAAAAUAUACCGAAGCUCAUUACAUGACUCCAAGACAGGCUGCUCACUCUUUAAUGCAAGCUGACAAUCUGUCAAAAUCAACUGUACAAAUGAAAAAAGAGGAUGUUAAAGGUCAUACAGUUCACACUACAUCCCCUGUCACAAAUGCCAUCAAACAAGAUCACAUUCUUGAUUUACUAAAAAGCACAACAUGAUUUUAAUGCCUUAUUGGUUAAGCAGAAUGUCCAUUCCUCUUUACCAUCAAGAGACAUACCUGUGUUUGAUGGAGAUCCGUUUCAGUAUGAAACCUUUAUAAGGGCAUUUGAAUAUGGAGUGGAGAAAAAGUGUGACACCUAUGACUGUUUGCAUUAUUUGGAACAAUAUACUAGAGGGCAUCCAAAAGAGCUGGUUCAAAGUUGCCAACAUAUGCCUCCGUCCCAGGGCUACCAGAAGGCAAGACAGCUACUCAAGGAACAUUUUGGU